CAAACUAUCUUAGAAAAUGCAAUCAAAGAGUUUUGGACAAUGGUAUCAAGACCGAAAGAAAGAACCCACCACACAGUCGAUCCGAAAUUCGUGGAUGAGUUCAUUCUUGGGAUCCGAGGAAAACGGAGGAGAUCUUGAAUCGGCGAGUCUUCUCUCGCGCGCAAGAAAUGUUGGAACGAAAGUUUCGGAAGUAUCAGAGACGAUGAAAGAAGUGCUGAUGUUGUUUGGUGUGGCUGUUAUCUUUUUUGUGAUUGCUUAUUUUGUGGGCCUGCCGACACUCCUAUUCAGACCUGCAAAGUUCACCAUCAGCUUCACGAUGGGCAGUAUUAUGACAUUGGGUGCCUUAGCUCGUUUAAAGGGUUUCACUGCGUUUAUCAAAUCGAUCCUGGCACCUAAUCGUGUCGUCCAGUCGUCCUUGUACCUUAUUUCGUUGCUUUUAUCGAUUUGCUCAGCAGUGAUAUGGAAGAGUUAUGUGUGGACGGUGGUGUGUUCUAUCUUCCAAAUGGCGAUGUUGGCUCUCUUCGUACUGGAAUCGUUCCCUGCAGGUGCUCGCAUAACCCAGGUGUUUCUGUUUUCCAUUCGCAAGCUGCUCUCGCUCGCCUCUAGUUUUUUGUGCCACUGCCUUGUUUGUUCCUCAAACACGCCACGGUUAAAACAAAACUACGAAAAGAACGUUUACGUUUACUUGCCUCCCUUGAGGAAAAGCUUAUCGUAG